AUGAAACUGUUGCAGAACAUUUCGGAGCUGGCCGACCCGGACUACAACCGACCGGGUCCGAUCGACAUCAUUCUUGGAUCAGAUGUCUUUCUUGCGCUCUUGGAGGGAGGGCAGGUCAAAGACGAAGGCGGCCAAACGGUGGCCCAACGCACGGUCCUAGGGUGGAUCGUGGCGGGACGAUACGACGACCAAGCCGUCGUACACAGCAACCACACCAUCGUCAAUCUGCACGCAGAGAUGGACCUGAACCGCACCUUGCGGCAAUUCUGGGAGCAGGAGGAGAACUUCAAGCCACCACCGCUUACUCCUUCUGAACAGCAGGUCACUGAACACUUCAGUUCGACCCUGCAACGCGACGGAAAUGGACGCUUCAUCGUCAGAUUGCCUUUUGACGAUUCGAAGCCAGCGCUCGGCGACUCGCUUGCCGCGGCCACAAAACGCCUGAAGUCGAUGGAACGUCGAUUCCAGCAACACCCGGAGUUCAAGCAGGACUACACCGCGUUCCUGCGCGAGUAUUUGGAGCUCGGCCACAUGGAGGAGGUACCAGCCGAUCAAGUCGAGAAGGAUAGCAGCAAGUGCUAUUAUCUACCGCACCACGCGGUGAUCAAGGCGGACAGCAGCACGACCAAGUUGCGCGUUGUCUUCGACGCGUCCUGCGCCACUUCAACGGGAGUUUCGCUGAACGACCGAUUGCGUGCCGGACCGAACAACAACGCGGACCUGUUCUCGGUGGCUUUGCGGUUCCGCUCACACAAGGUGGUGUUCUGUGCAGACGUUGCGAAGAUGUACCGCCAGGUACUCGUGCACCCGGACGACCGAGACUACCAACGCAUCGUCUUCCGGGAGGAACCAGAUCAACCGAUCAAGCACUACCGUCUCUGCACAGUGACGUACGGAACGAAGACCGCACCGUACCUGGCAAUCGAGUCAAUGCGGGCGGCGGCCAAGGCUUACGACGACGUCUACCCACAGGCGGUAGAACGAAUCAAACGGGAUUUCUACGUAGAUGAUUUCCUGUCCGGAGCCGACGACACGAACGAAGCGACGUGUCUGAAGCAGCAAGUGGUCGAGAUCCUCUCGUCGGCGGGGUUUGAACUCCGCAAGUGGACCUCAAACAACCAAGAACUCCUCCAAGAGCAGCGCACCGACGAGUCCGCUCCAGUCCUGAUGAAGUUCUCCGAGCAAGGAGAAGCAGUGAAGGCCCUUGGCAUCCAGUGGUUCCCGACGGAGGACGUGUACGGAUUCAAGGUCAACCUCCCCGACAUUUCGUUCACCUUCACCAAACGCCAGAUGAUAUCGGAUUCAUCUAAACUGUUCGACCCGUUCGGCUGGUUGGCACCUGUGCUGGUGAAGAUCAAGAUCCUGUACCAGCAACUCUGGCUGUUCGACGUCAACUGGGACGACUCACUGCCGCCGGCGGUGAAGGCGGAGUGGCAGGAAGUGCGGAGUACUCUGCACCUACUCGAGAACAUGCGGAUCCCACGAUACCUCUCCCCCUUUCGUGGUCGAAUCCAAUUGCACGGAUUUUCGGACGCUUCCGAGCAGGCGUACGCAGCCGUCGUCUACGCCAGGUCGGUAGACGCCAACGGCAACAUAUCCGUGGUUCUAAUUGCAGCCAAAUCUCGAGUCGCACCGAUCAAGCAAGUGUCGCUGCCAAGACUGGAACUUUGCGGUGCGUGGCUGCUUGCACUGCUGAUGGAGCGCAUAACGGAAGCUUUGUCGCACCUCGUAAUCGAGCACUGGGCCUGGACGGAUUCGACCAUCGUGCUCAACUGGCUCUCCACUCACCCCCGGAAGUGGAAGACCUACGUGGCGAAUCGCACAGCUGCCAUCCUGGAUUACCUGCCACGCAGCUGCUGGAACCACGUCCUGGGCAAGGAAAACCCUGCUGAUCUCGCAACGCGCGGGCUCACACCGGCCGAGCUUCUCGGCAACCCACUGUGGCUCGGAUCUGCUCCGUGGAUGCAGGUGGAUCAAGCACUCUGGAAGCUGCGCCCUGUUCCAGUUGUUGACGACGAAGACCUGUUGGAAACCAGAGUAGUUAAAUCGCUGCACCUAGUGGCGAUCCCAAUCCGAGAAAACUACGAUGAGGAGCUGGGGCUGCUGGCGAAGCGGUCCAGUUUCACGCUGAUCAUCCGGACACUGGCCUGUGUCAAUCGUCUCGUCCGCAACUGCCGGACUACCAAGGCCAAUCGUCAGAAUGGGGAGCUGGCCCCAGCCGAGCCGUUCAACACACGGCGUACGCACCCGAGUUGGAGCUGUUGCGGAAGGAACUCGGACUUGCCGUACGACGUGAAGCACCCCAUGAUCCUGCCGCAGAACCAUGUGGCAACCGAAAUGCUGGUGCGUGAGUUACACCUGCGUAAUCUCCACGCCGGACCGGCGCUGCUGACUGCUACCAUCUAUCAACAAUACUGGAUCGUUGGAUGCCAGACGGUGGUACGCAAGGUGGUCCACGGAUGCACGCGGUGCGUCCGUCUCAAGGGAAAAACUGCCAAUCAGCUGUUGGGCAAUCUACCGCCGGCAAGGGUGCUGGCGACACGACCAUUUUCACACGUCGGCGUUGACUACGCCGGACCUGUCAAACUCAAGGCCGCCUGCGUUCGUGGAGUCAAGGUAACCAAGGGGUACAUCGCGGUGUUUGUGUGCCUCUCAACCAAGGCAGUACAUCUGGAGGUAGCAAGCGAUUUGUCCACGAACACCUUCAUCAGUGUCCUCAAGCGAUUCGUAUCCCGGCGCGGAUACCCCGUCGAAAUCUGGUCGGAUAACGGUACCAAUUUCGUUGGCGCUGAUCGAGUCCUGCAGGAGUUCGUCGAGCAGAUCCAGUCCAACGGCAAGGAAGCAGCGCGAUUCUUGUCCAACCUGGGCAUCAAAUGGACCUUCAACCCUCCCUCGGCACCGCACAUGGGCGGUAUUUGGGAGGCCGCGGUUAAAAGCACCAAGAAGCACCUGGUGGCCGAACUCGGAGACGAAGCCAUCACGUUCGAAGACCUGUCAACAAUUCUGUGCCAAGUCGAGGCUUGCCUUAACUCGCGGCCACUCUGCGCUCUCUCCAGCAACCCGGACAGUGUUGAGGCCUUGACUCCGGGGCACUUUCUGGUUGGGCAGCCGAUGAACCUGGUUCCCGAGCCCAACGUGCAACACCUGCCUGUCGGACGACUGGAUCACUGGCAAGCGCUCCAGAGACGCGCUGCUAAUAUCUGGAACAGAUGGAGAGAUGAGUAUUUGACGAGCCUGCAACCGCGUAACAAGUGGCGCACACCCCAACCCAACAUCGAGGUGGACCAGCUGGUCCUCGUGAAGAACGACAACGCUCCGCCGACCCAGUGGGAGCUAGCAAGAGUGAAGGAGGUCCAUCCGGACGCAACAGGAGCGGUACGCACGGUGACCCUUCGGCGCGGUUCAACCGUGUACCAACGCCCGAUCCACAAGCUGUGCCUACUCCCGAGGAAUUGA